CGUCUUUCACAAAUCCUCCACAUUCUCUCAGUAUCACAGUUUUUCAUCCUCGCACAUUCUCGCUCCCUCCGUCUAUUUGAAACUCGUAGAAUGGCUCACUCAGGCAUUUCCGUUCUUAUGCUACUACUGACCGCAAUGUUGGUGAGCUGCACCAUAGCACAGUCUCCAGCGUCGUCCCCGAAGACAUCUCCGCCGGUCUCGUCUCCCACCUCUCCGGCAGUGACUCCUCCAGUUUCUGUUCCUUCUCCUCAGGCGGCUGCUCCAUCUCCGACUGCAGUUAACUCUCCUCCGUCGCCGUCUCCCGCGUCCUCCGAAGCUCCGGCGAGCCCUUCCUCAUCGAUCUCUCCACCGUCCGAAGCACGGGGACCGGCCGUGAGCGGUGCCGUUUCCAACCGUCUCGCACUCGCUGGAUCUGUGGCUCUAGCGGUAUCCGCUGGGUUUUUGAUGAUCUAGAUGUGAUAGAGCUGCUCGGACUAUUUUACCAUGAGGCUUACAGAUCCUUAUUUAUUUUUUUAUGUACUUAAUAAUAUUCAUUUCGGCUGUUUAAUUUAGGACAUAUAAAUUUCUUGUUA